CGCGCUCACGAGACCAGGUCGGGCGCGCACACACACACAAGGCGUCUCUCCCACACGCACAUACGCCGACUUGGAAAAAAAGAAUUAACGCACACGACUCCUGAAAACGCGCACAGACGCACAUCAACUGGUCUCUUCCACGUACAUAAGUUUAGUUGGUGUACACAGAGUGGAGUUUUAACACACACACACACACACACACACACACACACGCACACACACCAUGGCACCCACUCUCUCAAUUCUCUCUUGGGUGGGUCGUUCACUCUCCUCCUCCUCCUCCUCCAAUGCAUUACGAGUGGUUGCCUCCUCCUCCUCCUCCAAUGCAUUACGAGUGGUUGCCUCCUCCUCCUCCUCUUCCUCCCACCGCCGCCAUGCCUCCUCCUCCUCCUCCUCCUCUCGAAGCAUCACCACUAAAUCUAAGAGCAGGGGUCCCGCACUCCCCAUGCCAGAGAGGGAGCACGAUACCGGCACCAACCAUCCGUACAUCCUUGAAAGCGAGUACCGUUCAAGCUGGCCCCGCCCCAAACUAUCGAUGCACGACUAUGUCCUCAACGAGUCGCCAACCUGGGCCAACAAGACAGCCGUGGAGUGUGGGCUGACAGGGCGAAGCUACACACACGCACAACUCUACGACGGUAUCAUGCGCUUCGGCGGGGCCCUGCAAAGUCUUGAGGCCAUGAAGGGCGCGGAGAGGAUGCUGAGGGAGGAGAGGAGAGGACCCACCGUGGCCAUCCUCUGCCCGAACUGCCCAGAGUAUCCCAUCGCCUUCUACGGGUGUUCUGUGGCCGGGGGGACGGUAACCACGAUUAACCCGGCCUAUACCCCAGGCGAAGUAGCCCGCCACCUCAAGGACAGCGACACCAAGGUUAUUGUAGUUGAUGCCAUACUUGAACCGGUUGUUGACGCCGCCCUGGGCCUGCUGGGGAAGGAAAAUAAGGCCUUUGUGGACGGUGUGGUGGUGAUUGUCAAUGGGCCCUCGAAACAUGGCCGACCGAACCUCAGGGAUAUCGUUGCUGACCCCAAUACGCCGUUUGUUGACAUUGUGGAGCCUCCCCUGGACGCCACAGCCAUCCUCCCUUACUCCAGCGGCACAACGGGGCUGCCCAAGGGUGUGUGUCUAUCCCACGAUGCCUUCACCUGCACCCUGCACAGCUACCACCACCCAAGUAUUGGAGCCAUGGCCCCUGCGGAAGGUGAUACCCAGGAGGUCACGCUGGGUCUCCUUCCCUUCUAUCACAUCUACGGCAUGAUCAUUGUGCUGUCCUCCACGAUGGCAAAAGGAGGAAAGGUCGUCACGAUGCCCAUGUUUGAGCCCAAGGCCUUCGUCAAUAUCAUCGCUACCAAUAAGGUCUCCGUCCUCCACAUUGUUCCGCCUCUCCUCAACUUCAUGGCGCUUAACCCGGCCGUCCCAGUGAGCGCGUGGUCCACUGUGCACACCUUCACCUGCUCCGCCGCCCCUGUUCCAGUUAGCACCGCCGCCAUACUCAAGGAGAAGGCAGCGCAGCCCAUCUCGUUCCAGGAGGGGUACGGGAUGACGGAGACGCUGGGCACGCACAUUGUACCGAAGGGCGCGAAUAGGCUGGGCUGGUGUGGGAAACUGAUGGCACAUGUUCGCGCUAAGGUCAUUGACGUCGAAACCAAAGAGGUGCUUCCUUCGGGCCAGGCUGGGGAGCUGUGCAUCAAUUCCCCUGCUAACAUGAAGUGCUACCUCAACAACGAGAAGGCGACCCGGGAGACCUUAGACGAGGACGGGUGGAUCACGACCGGGGAUGUGGCCAUGUAUGAUGACGAGGGGUACUUUAAGAUCGUAGACCGCCUCAAGGAGCUGAUCAAGGUGAAGGGGAUCCAGGUGUCCCCAUCCGAGCUAGAGGACGUUCUUCUCACCCACCCCGGCGUAGCGGAAGCGGGCGUGGUGGGGGUGGCAUGCGACAUGGCCGGGGAAGUGCCGCGGGCCUACGUGGUGCCGCGGAGCAAGGACGUCAAGGCAGAGGAGUUGCAAGCGUUCAUCGCUGGCAAGCUUGCGCGUCAUAAGCAUCUUCUGGGCGGUGUCAAGUUCGUGGAGGAGCUGCCCAAGAACCCAACUGGCAAGAUUAUACGGAGGAAGCUGCGGGAGAUGGCCAAUGGGGAAUGAGGGAUUGGGGAGGACCAGGAAUUAGGGGAAGGAUGUAUAGGAUUGGGGAUGAAGGAUACAAAGGAUGGAGGAAGGAUGUAAGGAAUAAGAAGUUAAAGAUUGGAGCAGAAGGAAAGGAUGGGAAAAAUGGACAAAGAUGGGGAGUGAAGGAUUGGGGAGGACCAGGAGUUAGGGGAAGGAUGCAUAGGAUUGGGGAUAAAGGAUGCAAAGGAUGGACACACAUGCACACACACACACACACACACACUGCAUACCUCACUAAUUAUGUCAUCACUUAAAUUACACAAAGAUAACCAGAACAUUUUAAGAAUUAGCAAUAUUUUAUCACGUUUCAGUAUAAAGGUGAAAAUCUGACCCCCUUUUCACACACACUCACACACAUUUGCAUACCUCACUAAUUAUGUCAAUACUUAAAUUACGAUAAGAUAACCUAAACAUUUUAAGAAUCAGCAAUCUUUUAUCGUAUUUCAGUAUAAAGGUGAAAAUUUGAACCCUAUCACACACACACACACACACACACGCACACACACAGACACAUUAUCUAACUUGCCUAUCAGAGUGUUGAGUUUUGUGAGUGCAGUGGGCCAGCCAAUCACUGUCUGCGCUUACUAAUGGUUACUCUCUCUCUCUCUCUUCACUAUCUCCUUGUCUCGGGUCAGAAGUUAAGUGCCGUCUCAUUUCCAUUGAUAGUGAAGUUAGUGGCAUUUUUUUUUUUAUUGAUUGUUACAAGACUUUUUUUCUCUAUUCAAUUUUUCAGCUUCAGUAGUUUUUUUUUUCAUUUGUGUCUAGUCCUUUCUCAUUUUCUUAUUUUUGGUAUUUUUUCAUUUUUUUCAUUUUCUUCCGUUCUUUUGUGCUUGCUCUCUCUCUCUCUCUCUCUGUUACAUCUCUUCUCUUCUCCAUUUCUCCUUCUAACACUUCUACACCUCAAUAUUUUUCCCUUUUCCCUUUUCCACUCUCUUCUUGCGUCCCUCUUCUUAUAUAACCACAAUGGCAUCAGUUUCCAUCAUCUUUCUCUGUCUCACAUCUCUUCUAAACUUCAACAACAUCCCUUUUAUCUCUCAUCUCCCUAUCUCCCUACACUCCACAUCUCCGCUAUCUCUCUCUCCAGUGACACGAGACCUCCCGUUAUCACCUGCCCCAACCUUGCCCCCUCGUCCUAUCCUUGACAGGUGUUGGGAUGACGAAGCACAGUACCCUCCUGAGCAGACCUUUGCAGAUAGGGUGAGUUCCUUCGUCCCUAUGCUCUGGUCUUUGAUACGAAGCUCAAUUUUUCCUCUGAUGCGAGUUCUGAUUGGGGAACUCAACGUAGACUAAUGCAAAAUGACAACACGGGUGAUUGAUGCAGUGUGAUUCUUGUUGCUGAUCGAGUUGUUGUUGUUUUUGUUUUUGUUUUUACAGCUAAAGAAACAGCUCAAGGGCAACAAUAACAGGUGUAAAAAAAAGCCCGCUAACCGCUGUUCCUACAGAGAAAAAAGUUAUGUAUUAGUCAGCCCGGUUCUGUUUUCGUAUAAGCGAUUUUUCUUGAUAUUUUCCGCUUGCGUUUUCUGAUCGUAACGCUGGACGCAGAUGCAACUUGAUGACGCAGUGUAUUUGUGACUUAUCCAAAUGUCCUUAAGUGUGUUAGAGAGUUUAUUUUUUGUUCUGUUUUCAUAUGUGCGAAUUUUCUUAAUAUUUUCUGCUUGCGUUUUCUGAUCGUAACGCUGGACGCAAAUGCAACUAGAUGACGCAGUGUAUUUGUGACUUAUCCAGAUGUCCAAAAGUGUGUUAGAGAGUCUGGUUUUGUUCUGUUUUCAUAUAAGCAAAUUUUCUUAAGUAUUUUCUGCUUGCGUUUUCUGAUCGUAACACUGGACGCAGAUGCAACUUGAUGAUGCAGUGUAUUUGUGACUUAUCCAGAUGUCCAAAAGUGUGUUAGAGAGUCUGGUUUUGUUCUGUUUUCAUAUAAGCGAAUUUUCUUAGUAUUUUCUGUUUGUAUUUUCUUAUCGUAAUGCUGGACGCAGACACAAGAAAAUGAUGCAGGGUAAUCGUGACUGAUUUAAGUGUCUGUAAAUGUGUUAGUGAGUCUGGUUUUGUUAGUUUUCAUAUAAGCGAAUUUUCUUCUCUUAUUUUCUAUUUGAGUACAGAACACAGACUGACAAAUAAACAGAUAAAUGAUGCAAGGUAACUCUAUCUGAUGUAGGUUGUAUAUAAGUGUUGGUCAGUCUGCUUUUGUUAGUUUUCACAUAGGUGAAUUUUCUUCUCUUAUUUUCUAUUUGAGUACGGAACACAGACUGACGAAUAAACAGAUAAAUGACACAAGGUAACUCUAUCUGAUGCAGGUUGUAUGUAAGUGUUGGUCAGUCUGGUUUUGUUCUGUUCGUACAAGCAUUUUUUCUUCUUUUCUUUUCUUUUGUAACGCUAGACAUAGACUGAAACGCACUGGUCUUGUUAGUUUCAAAAUAAGCACCUUUUGUAAAUAUUUUCUUCUUGUAUUUUCUCAUCGUAACACUAGGAAAUAUUCUCCACAAGGCAACGUUUUUCCGACUGACCAAGGCCGCCUCGCAUGUCACUCCGCACUGGCCUGGUCUCAUUACUGUUUGUCGUAACGCGUGCAAUGAUUACUGUGAUAUCUGACUACUUAAUUUUUGGUGUUGUAGUUUUAUGUGACAACGCAGCGCUGUGACAAGUCCACCGGUGCUGUGAAAUAGUUUUUAAGGAAGACUUGCCUUUUUCUCUUGCUCUCAAGGACUCCACACUGGCUUGUAUGUGUCGGUAAUCAAGAAUAAAGGUUUACACUAA